CAGGGCUUGCCAGUCCCGCGCUUCCCAGAGCGCAGCUGCAUGAACUGGUGAAAGAACUAACUUAUGAAUGAUCCUCCUGCCAGGAUGGGGACCCCGGAGUCCCAGGGGGUUGCGCAUCCUGCGGACUGCCCUAGCAGCCAGGGGCACGCCCGGUCCUUUCUGUGCGAGGUGGGGCGCGAGGCUCCCCUGGCUCCCGGCACCCGGAAUCCCUUGUCAGCGGUGGCGAGCGGAAGCCUGGGAGGCUCCCAGGAGGACAGAUCUGCAGGUCCGGCCCUCGGACCGCCGGCCAGAAAGAAUUUGGAUUGUGAGUCCUGGGUGCGAGAGAAAGUGCUCUUUCUUCUGCAUCCAGAAAGGUGGUUGGGAACUCAAGCGAACCCUGCAGGGGGAGAGGUGGCCGGUGAUGAGGAUCUUCCCCAGGCGAGCGGGGAGAACCACGAUCACGAACCAGAUUGCCCUUACCUCUUUCAAGGACAAAAGAGAAUUUCUGGCGGGAGAAUUACCGCUCCUUGUGGAGCCCAGCCGCUAGACCCAGCAGCGCCACCCAAAUCGGUGCUCGUGCGGGUCGUGGAUUAUCAGGCGACGCAGGAAGUGCUGCGGACUGCAUGGACGAAGGGUCGCAUGACUACGAGGACAGAGGAGCACUGCAUGACCGCGGUCACUUUUCGCACCAACAGAGAGUGAGACAGUGGGACCCCUGCUGAACCCUCGGGAAAUACCCCGCGUCCACGCUGCGGAGGAGAUUGUUUUCACCGCCCGCGAGGACUUGAUGCCCGGAGGAGCUUAAAGUGCGCAGAGGAGGCUGCGGAAUGCUCAGGCCUGGUGGAUGAGCGAUAAUCCUUGAAAGAAAAUGCUGUUCCGGGAACCCAACCUGCAAUUAACCGACGGAAAGAACCUUGCAAGAGGUUGACUGGAGCUGCGCUGCAGGGAGGCAAUCUGUGCCCAGUGUAGCUUGAAGAACUGUGAGCAGCAGUACCUCUGUGGCUUAAGUACCGUGAGGUUAUGGGCACCUAAGUCAUUAAAGAAGAAAGGGUUAGAAGGUAUUUUCAAACUGGCAGAAUGUGGGAGCUUCGAAAUAAGAAAAUGGUUUUAAUUCGCGUUUUGCGAUAGCUCUUUUUUCUGCCACCCCUUUAAGGCCUAAAAAAAAACAAGUGAAGUUUGAGGUCUGCUCCCCCGGAAGCUCAUGGGUGAGUGGGGGAGGGAGACUUGUUUUAAAAGCUGAAAAAGAACAUUUAAGUUUUUAAAAGGAGACAUAAAAUAAAGCAUCGGGUAUAAAGCAACAUUUUUCUUGUUACUCUUUUCUGAUGUACAGUCUGUAUCCCCCACCCUGCCCAUAUUUCAGUGUUAAGAAGAAAAAGAGUGGAGCUAGGAAAAGAAGAGGCGAAUAGAAGAUUGAGCUUUGAAGGUCAAAUACCAUUUAAAAAGGCUUUUCCCUGAAGAAUGUAUAAUUUAGCGCAGUCAAAAUUCCUUUAAUUUUGAAUUUUUAAUUAUCUUAAUAUUUAAAGUACAGCAUAUAAAUUAUCUAAUCUAAAAGUAGAUAGAAAUACUGUAUAUAAUGUGCCAUAAGAUGAUUGUAUGACUUAUUCUUGUUCAUAGCUCAUUGCAAAUAAGAUUUGUAGUAAAAAAUGGACGGAUAAUACAUCUCUCCUGGUGCUAUUGAAACAAAUUGUUUUUCUUAUUUUAUGUAUUAGCUUUUGUUAUU